CACACAACCUAACCUAAAUCCAACCUAACCUAAUCCAACCUAACCUGAGCAAUUUCAACAGUUUGUCGAACUGUGUUUAUAUUUAUCAGACUGUUAUUUAUGAUAACUUGGAGGAAAGAAAGGAUUACGAAUAUCUAGCAACAGUGACUGGAAUUUUUGUUGAAUUACCCUGAUCAACUUGAAUAUAUCGUAUCUCUAGAUACUCAAAGUGAAGUCUUUGAAAAAUGAAUCAAUUCGAGGAGCCAAUGGAUGUAGAUACCAGCGUAUCUUUUACUGAGAUUGAUAAAUCUCUGGACUCAAAAUCAUUUAUAAGUGACUUGAGCGAUGCCAAACUUAGUACUGAAGAUAAUGUUUCAACUCAGGAAACACCUCCCGACGUAAAAGACGGUGUGAUCACAACUGGUACAGAUAUACUCAGUACAGAAGAACAACUAAAAAUGGAAAAACGUGCUAAACGGUUUGGGCUUAUUGAGGAAAUAAAAAGCUCACCGGAAUUUCAAGAACCAGAAUUGUACAACAGCCUGGGUAUAACAGAAGAAAAUGAUGCUGUAAAAAAUCUUAGACUAAAUGUAUUGCACAUGCGUGGAACUGAAGAAAUGAGCACUACAGAUGUGUUCAAAUAUUUUGAAGAUUUUACUCCAGCGUCAAUAGAAUGGAUUAAUGAUGUAUCUUGCAAUGUCGUAUGGCUAGAUAACUUGACUGCUGCGAGAGCGUUAUUAGGACUUUCAAAGAAAAUCAGAGGCCUUGGUGAAACGAUUCAGGUUAAAAAAAAUUCAGCUUCCAAUACACCAAGUAGUAAUGAUGAUAGCAAUGUUGCAAAUGAAGAAUACGUCAUAGAAGUACCCGAAGAUAAUACCAGUGACGAAAUGGAAGUGAAAAAAAUGGAGAACUCGAUACACAUCAAAGAUAUAAACUGUCCGCUACCGCCUGGACUUUGGAGAAAAGGUAUCGACUGUCCGAAAUCUAAAUGUAUUCUUUUACGAUUUGCCACACGAGCAGACAAAAAACAACCAAAAGCUGAAAAAAUGAGCGACUAUUAUAAGAAGUAUGGAAAUCCUAACUUUGGAGGUAUUAAAGGAAUUUUAACAGAAUCACGUAAACGUAUGUAUAAAGAACUCAAACACGGAAGAAAACCACCGAAACGAGAAAGCUCCAUCAAUAAAGAAAUAGACCAAAACAAUACCAAAAAUCCCUGGGGAUCUUUAUCUCAAACCUGGGGUAUCAACGAUUUUACUGAAGAAGAUUGUAUUGCUAAAAAUAUAACGAAAGACCAGAGCAACAGCGUAAAAGAACGACUAGGGUUGAAACCAGUAUCAAAAGAGGUACAUCCUCAUUCGGAAGAAUCAGAAAGCAGUUCUCAAGCUGAGAGUGAUGAGGAAUGGUGUAAAAGAAGUAAAGUAAUGAGAAUGCGAAUGCAUGCCGACGACGAAGAGGAAAAAGUUCAAAAACGCCGACUGCAAUUGAAACAUCAGGCAGCAAAAAUUUCGACAUCCAGAACUGAUGACCUUCGAUCCAGAUUGCGCAAUUCUCGAAACCAACCUGAUCUUUUCCAUGGCGCAAUUCAGGUUGUAGUUACUAAUAACCAAAUUGUACCAGAUUCUUUGAAGAAAAGUAGAUCUGAGGAUGAAUGUGUAGAAGAAGAGGUACAGGAAGAGGAAGAGGAAGAGGAAGAAGGUGAAAUUGUUGAUACACCUGAAGAAGCAGUUGCUGUACAAGAUGAAAGUCCCAACGACACAGAUGAUGACCAAGAAAGUGACGAAUCAGAAAGAAGUGAGAAGGAAGUCCAGGGUCCCCGCGGAAGUGUGAUUAAAGUGGUUCAACACAAACCUCGUGUCGCCUCUACUGUUUGGGCAAGACUAAAUAAUAAGAAAACUGAAUACCGUGAGGAACCCAAGCAAAGACGUCCCACAACGGGGGACUUGAGAGACACAUUGCGAGGUGAUUUACGCUCGAGGCUUGGAAAACAAACAAGAGGACGAUCCCCUCUUAGAAUAGAAGUGAAAAAUGACAAAUAUGCCAGUGACAGUGAUUCUGAGUGACUGAUUAUCCCAUGAAUGGUAAAGUUGCGACUAGUUGUUAGUUAGGUUUUGUAAAACUGAUCAAAAAUUGGCGCCGGAGAGAGAAUUAUGAUUAACAAACAAUUAAGUAUAUCCAUGCGUAACGGUUUAUGGGCAAAUCUAUCAUACCUUUUAAUUUUCAUUAGUUGAAACAGAUUAUGUCUGUAUGCAGACCUGUUAAGCGUCGUGUCUGACUAGAAAGUAAAUGCUCCUCUGCGUUCAGUAAUCGAAAAGAAAACACUCGACACUAAACAUCUGUCAUACUAACAUAAACUUGGACUUUGCUUUUCAAUAUUUCGUGAAGUUUUGAUCUGUAUAGCUCGAUCGAGAACUCAAUUUGUUAUUAAUACUGAGUUUGGAUAAAAAGCUUUUAGCUGUGAAUGCAUUUUGGUUCUAUUAAUAGUUUUCAAGUAUCCAAAAUUGCCAGAUAACUAUUGACUUGGAACUAGGAAAGUUUUACUCGCCUAUUUCCUGUAGCCUCAGACUUAGACCAGGUUCGCAGAUGACCUUUAUCGUGUUUUUGCUAAUUUGAAAAAUUAUUAGAAGCCAUAAAUUGAACUCCAUCAAUUUCAGUAGCCUUGAAAGUUGAAAGUUUUGGAGAUUUGCCAAUAUGCUUUUCGUGUGGUGAAUAACUACAAAGAAUAAAAAACAAACAUGGUGGUAUUCUGCGCUGUUAAGUACAUUUCCUUUCAACUGGAUAUAAAACUCCAAGGUCCGUCAAACACUACCUGAUAUGCUUAGUCGAAUUUCGGUAUGUCAUGACCAUAA